CGGUCUGUGGCGCCACAGCACACCUUCAGAUGGAGAUGAAGUAACAGCGGCGCCAGAGCGACAGAAGGACGACAGCGCUCGAACCGCGGAUCCGGACGUGUUUGUUUUCUUCCUUCAGCUUUUUUCCCCCUCUUGUUUGGUGGGGGAGAGACAGGUGACAGCGUCACGUCGAGCGUCCACCCGGUGGAAAUUAGCGCCGCUGAAGUCGCCCCAGAGCCCGCGCACUGUACUACUUCAACUACAUGCAUUUGGACCGGAUCAUCUGAAGCCUCGUCCACCAAGAUGGAAAAUGCGCACACUAAGUCUGCGAGCGAAGUUUUAGACAACUUCGACGUGAACGAAAUCACCGGACUGACCCUGGAUCAGGUCAAAGUCAACCUGGAGAAAUAUGGACCGAACGAGCUUCCAGCUGAAGAAGGGAAGUCCUUGUGGGAGCUGGUGGUAGAGCAAUUUGAAGACCUCCUGGUCAGGAUCCUGCUGCUGGCUGCCUGCGUCUCCUUUGUGUUGGCUUUGUUUGAAGAGGGGGAGGAGACUACCACCGCCUUUGUAGAGCCUCUUGUUAUCCUGCUUAUCCUCAUUGCCAAUGCUGUUAUUGGGGUCUGGCAGGAGCGGAAUGCAGAGAGUGCCAUCGAGGCUCUGAAGGAGUACGAGCCGGAGAUGGGGAAGGUGUAUCGCAUGGAUCGCAAGGCUGUCCAGAGGAUCAAAGCCAGAGAUAUAGUCCCAGGAGACAUAGUGGAGGUGGCAGUUGGUGAUAAGGUGCCUGCUGACAUCAGAGUGACCUCGAUAAAGUCCACUACUCUACGAGUGGACCAGUCCAUCCUUACAGGGGAGUCUGUCUCUGUCAUCAAACACUCUGACCCUGUUCCUGACCCCAGAGCUGUGAACCAGGACAAAAAGAACAUGCUGUUUUCUGGCACCAACAUUGCUUCCGGCCGUGCCAUCGGUGUUGUCGUUGCUACGGGCGUCAACACGGAGAUCGGUAAGAUCCGGAAUCAGAUGGCAUCCACAGAGCAGGAGAAGACGCCGCUGCAGCAGAAGCUGGACGAGUUCAGCCAGCAACUCUCGAAGGUCAUCUCCUUGAUCUGUGUGGCUGUGUGGGUCAUCAACAUUGGCCACUUCGGCGACCCCGUCCAUGGCGGCUCCUGGGUCAAGGGGGCAAUUUAUUACUUCAAAAUUGCCGUUGCCCUGGCCGUGGCUGCCAUCCCAGAGGGCCUUCCUGCAGUCAUCACCACUUGCCUGGCCCUCGGCACACGCCGCAUGGCCAAGAAGAACGCAAUUGUUCGCAGCCUGCCGUCGGUGGAAACACUGGGCUGUACAUCUGUUAUCUGCUCUGACAAGACGGGGACCCUCACCACCAACCAGAUGUCCGUCUGCAGAAUGUUCGUUGCAGACAAGGCGCAGGAUUCAAGCUGCACCCUGCAUGAGUUCUCCAUCACUGGUUCUACAUAUGCCCCUGAGGGACAAAUACUUAAAGGAAACAGACCCAUCCAGUGUGGGGACUAUGAUGGUCUGCUGGAGUUGGCCACUGUCUGCGCCAUGUGCAAUGACUCCUCGCUGGACUACAAUGAGAGUAAAGGGGUUUAUGAGAAGGUGGGGGAGGCCACAGAGACGGCUCUCACCACCCUGGUGGAGAAGAUGAACGUCUUCAAGACGGACCUGUCGGGACUCACCAAGGUGGAACGGGCUGGCGCCUGCAACUCGGUAAUCAGGCAGCUGAUGAAGAAGGAGUUCACGCUGGAGUUUUCCCGUGACCGCAAGUCCAUGUCCGUCUAUUGCACUUCGGUCAAAGCUGGAGCCCAGAGCAAGAUGUUUGUUAAGGGUGCUCCUGAAAGCGUGAUGGAGAGGUGUGAGUACCUGCGAGUUGGAACGACAAAGGUAGCGAUGACGCCAGCCCUGCGUGAGCAGCUGAUGUGUAAGAUCAGGGAGUGGGGCACAGGCACGGACACCCUCCGCUGCCUCGCUCUGGCCACCCACGACACCCCGCCACGCAAAGAGGACAUGGACCUGGAGAACUCCACCAAGUUUGCUCAAUAUGAGAUGGGGCUGACCUUCGUGGGCUGCGUGGGCAUGCUGGACCCGCCCAGGAAGGAGGUGAUCGGCUCGGUGAAGCUGUGCAACGAGGCCGGCAUCAGAGUCAUCAUGAUCACAGGAGACAACAAAGGAACAGCUGUAGCCAUCUGCAGACGCAUCGGCAUCUUUGGAGAGGAGGAGGAUGUAAUGGGGAAGGCUUACACGGGUCGCGAGUUUGACGACCUCACGACGGAGCAGCAGAGAGAAGCGGUGAAACGUGCCCGAUGCUUUGCCCGCGUUGAGCCAGCGCACAAGUCCAAAAUAGUUGGAUACCUGCAGUCAUUUGACGAGAUCACUGCCAUGACAGGAGACGGCGUGAACGACGCCCCGGCCCUGAAGAAGGCAGAGAUCGGCAUCGCCAUGGGCUCCGGGACUGCGGUGGCCAAGUCGGCGUCUGAGAUGGUGCUGUCCGAUGACAACUUCUCCACCAUCGUGGCUGCUGUGGAGGAAGGCAGAGCCAUCUACAACAACAUGAAGCAGUUCAUUAGAUACCUCAUCUCCUCCAACGUGGGAGAAGUCGUGUGUAUCUUCCUGACGGCCAUCCUGGGUCUCCCCGAAGCGCUGAUUCCAGUCCAGCUGCUGUGGGUUAAUCUGGUGACUGAUGGGCUUCCUGCCACCGCCCUGGGCUUUAACCCCCCAGACUUGGACAUCAUGGACAAACCGCCCCGCAACCCUAAGGAGCCGCUCAUCUCUGGCUGGCUCUUCUUCCGAUACCUUGCCAUUGGAGGAUAUGUAGGCUUUGGAACAGUGAGCGCAGCCACAUGGUGGUACCUGUUUGAUGAAGCGGGUCCACAGGUGUCCUUCUACCAGCUGCGACACUUCAUGCAGUGCACAGAAGACAACCCUAUGUUCCAGGGUAUAGACUGUGACGUGUUUGAAUCCCGCUACCCCACAACCAUGGCACUAUCGGUUCUGGUCACCAUCGAAAUGUUUAAUGCCCUCAACAGUUUAUCUGAGAACCAGUCCCUCGUCAGAAUGCCUCCCUGGGUCAAUAUUUGGCUGCUGGGAGCCAUCAUCCUAUCCCUCUCCCUUCACUUCCUGAUCCUGUAUGUGGAGCCUCUGCCGCUGAUCUUCCAGGUGACCCCUUUGCGCUGGCCCCAGUGGAUCGUGGUCCUAAAGAUUUCCAUCCCAGUCAUCCUCCUGGAUGAGGCACUGAAAUAUGUUUCCAGGAACCAUUUAGAAGCAUAAAUGUUUGUCUCACCUCCCGUGAAAAGAUGACGAGGAGAAGAAAUAUCGGCGGCGAUGGCAGCUGAACUAAGACCUCUCCCUCGUCGCAUUCGCAUAGUUAGACACACACAACAGCUACACUCUUCCCUUUAUGAGCUAGGAACCUUUUCUCUCCCCUGGCCCUCGUUCCCAUCCCCUGCAUGUCCAACAUGGCACCACUAAAAACGAGCAAGACUUAGAGAGAGGAGAGCGUGUUUGUGUUCCUGCGAGCAUGGCUUAGUACCAGCCUGUGAGUGUGUUUGUGUGUGUGGGGGGGGGCUGGGGGGGGGCUGUGUGUGCCUGAGUGUGUGCUUGCAGAUGCACGACUUUGUUUUAGAUGCGAGGGCAAGAGACGGCUGCAGAAAAUAAGAGAGGAUAAAACAGCCUCGGGCUUCUUAAAAUGUUCAUUUGCUCUUUUUAAGUGUACAGUACAAACAUAGUGGUGCAGAAAAUGGACUUCAGGGAGGGAAGGGGUUUGAGAAUGGGGGGUGUAUGGGGCGAGGGGUUGCUUGUAGUUUAACACAGAGGCUGAAAGAGAGGCGGAGAAGAGACUGUAAACAUAAAAGAGAAAGCAAUGUUACAGAGGAUGAGAAGAGGUGGACCUGGAGGCAGAGUGUGCUGGGAGAGUCACCGUAUUCACGUCCCAGAGCCGCUGCCGCCACCCACAUGGCUGCAGGAGCACCGUCUCACCAGAACAACUUCCGCUGCGUCUUCGCCAUUUGUGUUUGCAAUUCCUCCUAGCAAACUCUUCUGAGGGUUACCCUCCUUUGAGAUCUCUCUCUCUCUCUCUCUCUCUCUCUCUCUUUCCUGCACCCUGUUUGAGGAGGCAGGUUUGGGCCUCAGUUUGUGGCUGUGUUUUUUUUUUUUGUUUGUUUUUUGGAUGGGGGGGGGGGUCGGGGUAAAGGUGUGAAUAGCUUUAAUGCUGCUUGGCUGCUUCUAUCAGCUCUUGAUUCGAGGAGCUGAGGUCAGCUGGCACACUGAGCCAAACUGAAACGGAAUAAACAUGAUCCCCUGCAAAGCAAAUGACUUCAUCCAGGCGCUGUAUCCUGUCAUAGAACUUUUCAGUAGUGGUUACCAAAUUGACCCUCCUACAUGAACUUUAAGAGACAGGAUGAAAAAAAGUAGCAAACGGCAGCACGUCAGUAGAACCUGCUGCUCCCAUUUAGCACAUCUAGCCUCCACUACCCAUAAGCUUUAGUUAAAGCUGGAGACGAACUGAUCAGAGUAUUGUGGCCGAUAAAGCUUUGAGCGCCUUCUAAACCCCCUGCAUCACCAAGGUAAAGAUGCGGUCCUAAUAGAUGUGUCUCCAGCAACUUUUAAUAAGUGAGUAAAUGUCCACCGGCCUGUUUGCCCUGGGUUGUGCCUCCUGUGUGCUGCUUCCUCAGCUCCUCGCGCUCUCUCAGCGCUUAUGCGGCUUACUUGCUGAUUGCUAAAAUGACUAGGCAAUGUAUUUGACUGAAUGAACCCAUUGGGAUCUGAAUGUGUGUUUUAAUUUGCAGUUUUCUGGGGGACCCUGGUGCUCUGUGGGGUGGGGGUGAGGGGCGGUCAAAGAAUUAUUUUGGUUACUUGGGGGUGGGGGGGGGGGUUGCUUUCAUGUUUUAAGGGUAGGACGCACAAAGAAAACUAAAAUGUCAGUCAGGUGCUGGUUUAAAACCCUGUCGGUCGCCCCUCCGCUUUGAUCAAAGAGAACUUCUGGAUAGAAAUGUAACGAAUGGAUAAAAAUAUGUUCUUUUCUUGGUUAUGACUUGAACAUUUUUGGAAAAUCUUACUAUCUGAGAUCUUUGGUGGUAUUAACAGCCUGACAUGGGGGUGACUGUCUGUGAGGAAUUCUCUCUUGUUUAACUAAAGUGAUGUGGGUGGAGCAGACGCAGUGUGUAGCUCCUCCUCCUCCUCCUGCUGUUGCUUCCUGACCUGGUUGCCAUUAGUAGGACUCAUCUUCCCAGUGAGACUUUAGAAUCUGAGGGAAUCCCCAUUCUGAGACACCAGUCUGUUCCUCGCUCUGCAUCUACUUUGUCGCUCGACAAAGUAGAUGGAGUUAAUUUAUUGUUAUAAUUAACUCCAGGGAUGUGAACAUCCAAGAUGUUUCCAGCUUCUGGUGUUCUCCAUGGAUCACCCUUAGAAACAUGUAAUCGGAAAUCAGCUUUGUGCAGAAGAGGGCAAAGCAAACUUAAUAAUGACGCAUAAGGGGAAAGAAAAGUGAGGCUGGAUUAAUCCUCUCAUUUCUUAAAAAAUGCCACCUUGCUUCACCCUUAGAAUAAUGCUCCUCCGGCCUUACCAGGGGACCACCCUUUAACCGCCGCCCCACCCAAUUCCCUAGGUCUCUGUAACAUUCUGGCACUCCUGCCGUCAGGCAUUAUAGGUCUGUAUAGCCUUGUUAUUUACUACUGAAUCCUCAAUUAUGUACAGGUGAGAAGAAUAAGAUCGCAUGGAACCUUGUUACUGUAAUAAUAACCUAUACAGUAUGUAAUAUUUAAUUUUUUUCUCAUCUUACAUCAUAAUUAGAGCAGGCUGACUUGCAAGGAAACAGUUUUUUGUUUUUACAUCUUUGUUGAGCACAUGGCUAAGAAUCUGUCUUUUUCUCUUUUUUUCUCUUGUGUGCAUUCAAUAUAAGGUCAUUUCCUAUCGGUUUUUGUUUGGAUUUUACAGUUGCUGUUUUUUUUCUUUUUGUCUUUACUGUAGAGAAAAACAAUAUGAACUUCAGAUAGAGAAGAGUAGUGCUUCUGUUAGUGGCAAUGACGUGGAUUGUUUCAGCGAGGGCUAUCUGGUGUGGGAGGCUCAGCAAGCAGCUCGUGAGCUGUGUCUGGUUUACACUGAGCAGUGACGAAGUCCUGACGUUUUAUGACAGUACGUUGUUGGUGAGAAACCGCAGGCUCUGGAGACCCACGGCAGUCCUUUCAGGUGGGGAACCGGUUGCGCAACUUGUUCUGGAAAACUAUGGCUGCCGUCAGUCAAAGCGUGGGAACUCCCUGCCUGUCAGAUUACGCACGGAGAGGACAGGGCGAGACGUCUCCAGAGCCUGGCUUCCACCUCCAAGAAAUAAAAAGGAUUCUCUGUGUUGCCUUGUUAAUAUUGAUUGUGGACACAUAAUUUUAUAAACAACAGAUGUGGAAAUAAAGAUUAUUUAUCUUGUUAUUUAUCCAGA